AUACACAUAACACACACAAAUCGCAGCGCCUUCGGCCAUCGCGUUUAUUCCACAAUUCACGAUAUUUUUUUUUAAAAAAAAAAGAAAAAAAAAAACAGAGAAAAUAGUUUGACCUGAAUUCUUGAAAAUUAUCCUGAAAGAUUGAUUAUUUUCCGCAGGGAUUCAUACGAACCAUCGCGCAUGCAAUCGAUGGCGUUGGUAACGACAGCAGAACUGUGCGACGCAAACCCACAGUAUAUUAUGAAUGGGGAGCUGCGGGCGCUGCUGCCGAUUUUCAAGAUAUACGGGCAGCGUCAGGUGUUCUACGGGCAGGUGGUGACUCUGAAGGUGUUUGAAGACAACGUGUUGGUGCGGGAGCUGCUGGAGGAGAAGGGCGACGACAGGGUUCUUGUUGUCGAUGGCGGCGGCAGCCUCAGAUGCGCCAUUUUGGGGGGCAACCCUGUGGUUCAAGCCCAGAACAACGGGUGGGCCGGCAUCAUCGUCAACGGCUGCAUCCGCGAUGUUGAUGAGAUCAAUGGCUGCGACAUCGGCGUCAGGGCUCUCACCUCCCACCCCAUCAAAGCCACCAAGAAGGGUCUCGGCGAGAAGCACCUUCCUGUGCAUUUUGCUGGCACCAGAAUUGCUAAUGGUGACUGGCUUUAUGCAGAUACAGAUGGCAUUCUUGUUUCCAACACUGAGUUGUCUGUCUGAAUCUCCCUCAUCCCUUCCUUCUCUAUUACUUAAUUCAUUACCUACUUUAGCUUUAGCCUCUCUCCAUCACCCUUUUUAUGUAAUGCUCACUAAUUACACUACAUCAUAACCCCACUUUAUGGUUUUAGAAUUUUAUAUAAAAAUCAUUUGAAAUUACUAAUUUUAUUUUUA